UGAGCACAGAUGUUGCCCUCUGUUGGAGAGAAGUUCUAUACAUGUGCCUCAUCGCUUUAGGACUAGCGGGUGUAGUUGUUAUUCUUCUUCGUUUUAUUGUUGGAUUUCUUAUCUGGUUAGUGCUGAUAUCACUCAGUUUGGCAAGCGUCGUUGGCACGGCAUAUGUCUGGUACAUGUGGCGAACUCGGAAGAAACAAGUAGAGAAUCUGGCUCUUGACGAUCCUAGAAAAUCAAACAGAGAGACUGAAGUGACGCACUGGUUUGUGGGAGCAAUAUUUGCAACAAUCUUUACCGUCAUCUUCCUUCUCAUCAUCAUUAUCAUGAGAAAAAGAAUAGAAUUGGUGUCAGCUUUGUUUAAGGAAGCAGGGAAGGCCUUGGCAACUAUGCCAUUAUUACUAUUUCAACCAGUUGUGACUUUCAUUACAUUAGCCGCAAUAGUUGUAGGCUGGUUUGUGGGCUAUCUGUACAUUCACACAGCAAAAGAUGUCACAGUCGACCCCGAAACUGAUUACGUUACGUUCCACCUUACUACUUUCUUCAGGCUGAUGAAGUGGUACCAUCUCUUUGCUCUGUUUUGGUUCACUCAGUUUGUCAUAUCUUGUCAACACGUUGUCAUAGCAGGUGCCGUUGCCACGUGGUUUUUCACAAGGGAUAAAAAGAAACUAAGUACACCCAUCCUUACAAGUCUGUACAACUUGAUUCGUUACCAUUUGGGUUCUGUUGCUUUGGGAUCUUUUGUUGUUGCGCUGCUUAAACUGAUCCGAGCGAUCUUCAAGUGUUUGGAACGACACAUGAAGAAACAUCCAACAUGGUGUAACACAGCCAUUAAAUGUUGCAGCUGCUGUCUGUGGUGUUUUGAAAAGUUCUUGAUCUUUUUGAACCGAAAUGCCUUUAUUGAAAUAGCAAUAUAUGGCUACCCAUUCUGUAAAGCAGCACAGAAAGCUUUCCACCUUCUGUCGAACAACAUACUACGGGUGGCAGCCAUAAAUUCUGUUGGAGAUUUCGUCCUGCUUCUUGGCAAAGCUGGCGUUACCGUGGCAACCGCUUUUAUUGGACUAGAACUUAUAAAGGAUAAACCCGGAGUGAACUACACGUGGGUUCCUGUAACAGUCGCAUGUAUCUUCGCCUUUCUUGUUUCUCAUUGUUUCCUGGGGAUUUACGAGAUGGCUAUCGACACCUUGUUUCUGUGCUUCUGCGAGGACUGCGAGAGGAACGAUGGAAUAAACAAGCCUUACUACAUGAGUCGAAGUUUGAUGGUUUUUGUUGAGGACAGUAAAAAGGUUUUAGAAGCUGAAAAAAAUCGAAGAAAUCAAGGAGGUUGAAUUAUCGUCACGGUUCUCAGCUGGAUCUGGAACUAUUUACUUGGUUUUUGAAGAGUUUAUUUAUUGUGUUUUACGAUAACAGAUUUCUCUACUGAUGAUAAUUAUCUUGCAAUCCCAUAUAACUGUAUUAUAAAAGGUUGUUUGAAGAAUUAAACGGUUUGUAGAAUAUGUUAAUAACUUGAAUAUUUUAUUAAGAGUUGUUUUAUAGGCCAACUAAUAUUUAUAAGAUUAUAAUAUUAAGCAUGAGUGAUAAAUACUGCUUUUUUUGUAUUUAGAUGUUGGUGGAAUCGUAAUGGAUUGUGAAACUUGGUUUGUCAACGUUAAUUACAAUUUGUUUGAUGUCUGUAAAAAUUAAGCCAAACGCUUUCACAUUCUUGUUAUAUAUUCAACUAUGAUAGUGUUACGUCUCUGGUCAUUUGUUAAUUUCCGAUAUAAAUUCUUCCCGAGAAACUUCAGCGAUACA